UGCCUACGCCCAUGGAUAUGUCUCACGGCAACAAUCUAAGAUGAUGGUUCACCUCUUCCAUGUGUUUCUAUCAUGACAGCUGGAGAUUCAGCAUAGAAAUAUAACUGAUGCACUUCCCAUAGGAUUGUAGCGUGGGAAGGGACCCUCAGGGUCAUCUAGUCCAACCCCCUGCAAUACAGGAAUCUCAACUACUCCAUCCAUGGCAGAUGGCCAUCCAACCUCUGCUUAAAAACUUCCAAGGAAGGAGAGCUCACAACUUCCCAAGGAAGUAUGUUCCCCUCUCGAACAGCUCUUACCGUCACAAAGUUCUUCCUGAAGUUAAAUCAUAAUCUCCUUUCCUGUAACUUGAAUCUAUUGGUUUGGGUCCUUGCCUCCAGAGUAGGAGAAAAUAAUCUUGCUCCAGGAGACAGCCCUUUAGAUAUUUUGUACCAGUGUGACCAUUGGCCUAUUCCCACCUGCUCGCCGCAAAAUGGCUGGGAAUUAGUUUAUGCAAAACACUUUCUGUGCUGAUUCAAGGUCGCAGUGUUAGAAAUUCAGAUAUAUACAGUAACCUAAUCGCCAAAUGGCAUCUUAAACUUAUGGUCACAACAAUGAAAUGUCUAGGCGCCUUUCCCCCCCCCAUUGGGGUUUAUUAUUAUUCAUUUCAUUUAUAUAGUGCUUUAUAUUUUAAAGAACAAAUCUCAAAGCUGUUUACAAGACAUUGAAACAUUAAACAAAACAAUCCAGAAUAAAACAAAUUCAAGCUGCCAGGAAAAUAUUUCAGAUCCUCCUCCAAGUUACAUUUUGCUUUACCCAGUUGUCAUUCUGGCAUCGAGAUCUCCACAUGGUCGCAACUGGACCCGCUCCAGUUGCAAAAUGCGCCUGGCGCCUGGCUAAUUUCUAACACUGUUCAAGGGAGAGUGAACCCCAUCAUUGUUUGAGUGUACCUUCUUAGUGCUUGCACAGAAAGGUGCAAAUACAACUGAGGAAAGCAAGAGUAACAAUGUGGAGACAAGUUAAUCUUAGAAUGAUGAUGUGUACAAAGCUGAUGUGCAACUUGCUCAGCUGAGUUUGUCUGUAAAAGCAACAAGCACUACUUUCCUUUUUUGCAUUCAUUCAAACUCCCAUUUUGGCAGCUGGCCUGCUUUAUUGUCAUGAAUUACAACAUGGGAUUUACACCUGGAUAAAUGCAAUGAUGCAUACGAGAAGAGAUUGCUGUGCAUUGAAAGGCUUGCUUCUUUCAUACAUUCAAUGCCAGGAAGGAGGUAGAGCAGGGGUUGCCAACCUUUUUGCACCAAUGAUCACAUUUUGAAUUUUGAGAGGGGGGCACCCGUCACAAAAUAGCUUCUCUCUCUCUCUCUCUCUCUCUCUCUCUCGUGUGUGUGUGUGUGUGCUGUAGCAUAACACAAAAUAAGCGAGGCAGCCACCCCAAACAACCUUAUGCCAAUUUUGGGAAGUCAUCUAUGUCCUGCUGGUCCUAAUUGUGGACUCUGGGGUUGUGGUGCUCAUCUCACUUUACUGGCCGAGGGAGCCGGCGUACAGCUUCCAGGUCAUGUGGCCAGCAUGACAAAGCUGCUUCUGGCGAACCAGAGCAGCGCACAGAAACACUGUUUACCUUCCCUCUGUAGUGGUACCUAUUUAUCUACUUGCACUGGCAUGCUUUCAAACUGCUAGGUGGGCAGGAGCUGGGACCAAGCAACGGGAGCUCACCCCAUUGCAGGGGUUUGAACCGCCGACUUUCUGAUUGGCAAGCCCUAGUUCCAGUGGUUUAACCCACAGCCCCACCCUUCCUUUAAAAUAAUAAUGAAAGCUCCCAUUCUGCAGCACUGGAUCUAGUGACCCCCCCCCCCAGGCAGAGUAAGCUCUGGUCCCUUCUGAACUUGGUUGGAGGGAAAGGGAUUAUUUCCACCUUCUUUCUUUCUGGCAUGCUAUAUUUGGGUCUGCCAGAAGAGCACGGAGCUCCUUCUUCCUUGUCAGUGCUCAUGAUGAGAUCCUUACUCAUGGAGAGGCUGGCUCAUCUGUCCAAAGGCUGUUAGUCAUGGGGACUCGGUUGGGGGUCAAGGGAACAGGCUGAUGGGAAUAACUGAGUGACACUUGAGUUCCGGGGCUUCUCCUGUUCCCUUCUCAGCCCUCCUCCUCCAUCUCCUCUCCCCUACCCUGGACUUUUCCUUUUCAGUAUAGGCAAGGUAACCCUGAAGUCAUACACGCUGUUAUACUGAUGUGUAAAACAUUUGCUGAAUCUGUUGUUCAUCUCGGUGGCUCCACCACUAACCAAAUAAUGGAUGGAUCCCUAAAUUCACUUUGCAUAGUUUGGUGUGUGUGUGUGUGUGUUGGAACAUGCUGCCAAAUGAAAUGCCCUGGGAAACAAAAAUCUUCACAAUGCUCACUUCACAUGCAAGGUGAACCUUAUUUCCCUGAGGGUUCUUUGGCUUGGAUCAAGCCAGCUUCCACCCUCCCGUCUGUUUACCUUGCUUUCUGUGUUGCAGUGGUGGCAAUGGGAGGGUUCUCCCUGUUCCCACACCUGGCUUAGAGGCUUCAGGAUAAAGGUAAAGGACUCCUGGACGGUUAAGUCCAAAAUUGACUAUGGGGUGCGGCGCUCAUCUCACUUUUCAGGCCGAGAGAGACAGCAUUUGUCCACAGACAGCUUUCCAGGUCAUGUGGCCAGCAUGACUAAACCGCUUCUGGCGACCAGGACACUGUGAUGGAAACCAGAGCGUACAGAAACGCUGUUUACUUUCCCGCUGCAGCGAUACCUAUUUAUCUACUCGCACUGGCGUGCUUUCGAACUGCUAGGUUGGCAGAAGCUGGGACGGAGCAACAGGUGCUCACCCCGUUGCACGGAUUCGAACCGCCGACCUUCCGAUCGGUAAUCCCAAGAGGCUCAGUGGUUUAGACCACAGCGCCACCCGCUCCCUUUUAGGCUUUGGGAUAUGCCAGUGAGUGGAGGGUGAGAGGGACACCCCCUCCUUGCUUCUGGGAUUUGGAAGCUCCCUUGGAAUGCAACAUCAAGGUUCAGUUUGGUUUGGAAUGAACCAAGUUGUUUUCUGAGUCUGGGUGAAAAUACCUUUUCAAAGCAUCCUGGUUGGGUGCGGUUUCCUCUAGGACAGGUUUCAGCCAUGUACUUCUUUUAAUGAUGGUGUAAACCAAGAAGGCUUCUACAGCCUUUCAGGUUUAGGAGUGUUGUAGCCUAAACACCACAAGCUGCUUAUUAAGUUUAUUUCUCGUAUACAUGUACAAAAGUGUACCUGUUGCAAUCGCUGGAAAAUACGUGGUUUAUAAGGCAGCAAAUGCCACUGCAACCAUUUGCAGUGGACCUCUUUUAGUCAUUUAAGAGAGAUUGGAUAAGAUUUAAUAUUAUUAUUGCAUUGUGAAAACUUGCAAUUACAGUGUCCAAGCAUUUGUUUAUAGUUUCAGUUGUUAUCGGUUUGCAGUCACCAACCCUGCUGAUUCAGUUAUUACAUCAGGUCUGAUUGUUCUCCCAGGUGAUUUUCUAAUUUCAUUUGAUUCUGCCUGUGUUAUUUCCCUUCUUAUUUGCAUUGUAUAUUGCAACAGAGUUAAAAAUGAAGAUGUAACAGAAAACCAAGAAGCACUCAGCUUUCACUGAAGAGAUGUGAAGUUCUUAUAUGUGUAUGAUCUUUGCAUCUUGAAGAGUGGUUCGAAUGUUUCCUUUGAGUUUGGAAGAUACAUCACAAAGUUCUAUAUACAGUACCUAGAAUUGCUGUUGCUUUUUCAGCAGAGUUAAGGUUUGGGGGUGUUUGUUGAAAAGUUAGGUUCGUACGUGGAAUCUGCAUCAUGUGCUUUACAGGUGCACAUUUGAUGUUGUUACAGGCGCACCAUUAAAGCAUUCUGUAGGGACCUGUUGCAAUCUGUAGCACCUCCUUGUGAUGUGCACAAAAUUAAAUAAACACACAUAUCCACCUCCCUGCUGUUAUGGGGUGCAAUUGCCUACUUGUUGCGACUGUAAUGUGUAUCUGCUAAGGGAGUGUGCUGCUUUUUUCUCUUAUCUGAAGGCAGGACAGGGGUUGAAAGCACCAAUCCUGCUGGGUGCCCCCCAGUCAUGAUAAUUCAAGACCUUCCCUUCGGCCACCUAGCAGUGGUGACACCAGAAAAAAUGGCGGCAGGGUUUUUACAAAAGGGGCAAAGUGUUAAGGUCUCUGAAGAAAAACAAUAAGUUAUAUAAGUGCCGUGGCACCCUAAAAGGUCAAGGACCUGAUAAUUAAGUCCAGUCACAGAUGACUCUGGGCUUGCGGCGCUCAUCUCGCUUUACAAGCCGAGGGAGCCACCUAUUUAUCUACUUGCACUUUUUUUUGGCGUGCUUUCGAACUGCUAGGUUGGCAGGAGCUGGGACUGAGCAACAGGAGCUCACCCUGUCGCGGGGAUUCGAACCACCAACCUUCUGAUCGGCAAGCCCAAGAGGCUCAGUGGUUUAGACCACAGCGCCACCUGUGUCCCUUGAAUGGUAGUCAGGGGUGCUGUGGGCAACACUGGCCUCUGUCCCUCUUUCCUUCCCUCCUCCUUCUGAUGCCCCUUCUCGUCUCUGCCUCACAAUGCAUGCCCUGCAGGCAAAUGGUGCCUCUGGGAGGCACCUCUCUUUGGGGCAGGGUAGGGGGCAGCAGCAGCAGCUGCCCAGCGGACUCCCAAGGAGAGGGGAGAGGAGGCUGAGGGAACACUCCACAAGGAAGGGUGUUUGAAAAAGGGUAAGAUGCUGCCAGCUCUGCAGGCAAAGGGUGACACAACUGGGCUCCUGGGUCUCCCAGGGGUGCCGCAAAAAGAAGGUAGUUGGUAAAGGGAGCCGUGGACUCAAAAAGGUUGAAAACCUCUGGUUAUAUUGUUGACAGGAGUCCAGCAAUGGGGCAGUGGGAAGUGAGGGGUGAGCUCCUUGUUUGGGGGGAGGUAUUUGCCCCCCCUUUCCACAGUCUGGCACAAUUCAUCAGGUGACCAUUCAGACGUGGUAUUCCUGCCACGAAUAAGAUUAAGUUUCAUGAGCCACAGAGGGAGAAGAGAAGCAGCAGAGUGAAAAGAUGGUGGGGAAGGAGGUCUAGGCUGAACCAGCUUCAUCCUUGCCUUUCGCUUCAUUGGUUUUUUUUGGGGGGGGGAUACUGGUUGGUGGGCGGGCUUCUGUCUAGCCUGAAGUCAUCUGGCACAUGGGUGGGCAGGAAAUAUUAGAACGGCCAAGCCAGCAUGGUGAGCCUGGGGCUAGCUGAUCUCUCUCUGCCCAAAGUACUUUACAGGAUGGUUGAGAAUAAAAUUGUGGGGCAGCAUACAAAUGCCAAUAAAUGUUCCUUCCUGCACCUCUGCCAUUUUCUUCCUUGUUUGGUGCCUGGCCUUAUUGACGUAUUGGUGCCAAGGUGUGCAGGAUUGUGCUCAUAAUCCUUUAAUGAUGGAUCAGAUUCAAGAGUGCCUAUAAAAGUCAUCACUUUUAAAGUUUACUCAACACAAAGCUAUACUUCUCAAAGUGUAGACGUGUAGAAGCCCUGGCUUCUCAAAUUGUAGAUGUUCAUGGGGUCUUGAACUGUAUACUGGAUGUGCUUGUUGCUGGGUUUGUUUGUGUGUGUGUGUGUGUGUGUGUGUGUGUGUGUUUAGAUUAACUGCUGAAGGGAGGAUGUUAAUGUUUCCCGAUGUGCUUAGAAAUUGAAAAUUGAGAGUCCUUGAUCAUAAGCAUGCUAAACUGAAAAUAAGAGAUGAGAUACUCAGUGCCCUGUGUGCUGGUUAACAUUUAAAUGCCUCUACUGUAGGCAUACUAUUUAAAUUCAUUGAAUAAUAAUAAUAAUAAUAAUAAUAAUAAUAAUAAUAAUAAUAAUAAUACCCUGCCCAUCUGGCUGGUUUUCCCCAGCCACUCUGGGCGGCUCCCAAUCGAAUAUUAAAAACACAAUACAGCAUUAAACAUUUAAAACUUCCCUAAACAGUUCCCUAAACUGAACAGUUGGGUAGGCCGAAGGUGAUCUGGUUUUUCUGCAGGUUUAGUCUGCCAUUCACAGAAAUAUUUCAGUGAGUGGAGAAAGAGGCUAAAAAAAUGUGUAAAGCCACCUUCACCUUAACAGCGUAUUUCUAGUAAGCACCCUGUCCCUUCAUGACAUCUGACAAACAGGAAGAGUGAUUGACUUGCACUGUUCCCUUGCCAGUCAGUUGAACUUCCUGUCCAUACCCGUAACUUGUUUGCAGUACUACAGAAGUGAUAAGCUAGAGGGGAGCUGGGGACAGGCUAAGCUGUAGCUAGCCGUAUCAUAAUACAGUACCAAGGCAGCCUGUACUGUAUAAGGCUGCUAGUCCCCUCCUCCUCCAUCCUUGUCUUGGUUUGCAAAGUUCGCUUAGAUGGGUGUGAGACCACACCAUGGCUCCUUCAUACAUAUGUGCUAGGGAAAGUGAAGAGCCUGUGGCAGGAGUGGGGGACCAGUGGCCCUUCUGGACUCCAGUUCCCAUCAUCAUUGGCUACCAUGGUUGGAGCUGAUGGGAAUUGGAGCUGAUGGGAGUUGGAGCUCAGCAAUCCCUAGAGAGCCAUGGGUCUCCAUCACCUGGCCUACAGGAAGGUGAGGAGAUUUCAGGGGUGGUUGGCCUGCAAAAUUCACAGUGGCCUUGGAAGGCUUCUUUUGACAUUUAAAUGGAAACAUUUUAAUAUAUCCAUAAGAAAUCAUCGGGGCCCACCCAAAAUGUUUUGGCAUCUGAAGUGAACCUCAAACCUCCUGUGCUGGUCUGGGAAGAAGGGGUGAGUGAGGCAUGGGAAGAGAGGAGAGAAAGAUCGACCUUGGGAUCUGCUGCCCCCAGGGAUCCUGUCAUACCUCAUGGCAUUGUCCUGAAGGAAUGCAUGACCUCGUGUACAUGACACUCUCUGGAGCGACAGAAUCAUGCAGCGGGCAAAAUCUGCUCUGGAGCAUGGUUGGGUGGGGGUAGCUGCUUUGGCAGUUUUUAGGGGAUUCCAAAUUUCGGAGUUAAGAAUGGAGAGCCAUCUGAGUUCCUGGCUGGAUUGCAAGCCAAGGGGCGGGUCCCUAACCUAACUUUGGUUUUAUAAAGGGUUGGUGGAGGGGGGACUCUUUGAACACACACUUCUGGAAGGGGCAUGAUUCCUCCCCUCUCAAGAAACUGUUAUGCAAACACUCUCCGAUGCGGUGUGCCGGUGUAGCCGCUUCUGCAAAACGAGCAGCCGGCGUGGAGAGGGUGUUCCGCUCGCUGCAACGGGCCCGAGGCUGCUAGUUCCCGCCUCGUCGCAUCUUGCAAGGUGCACUUGGCCAUCCUGCCCGGGGAAACCAGUCUUGAGUCUGGAGACCCGGCGAGGCAAAGCAGCGGCGCCGCCACAGACGGGAAACUUCCGAGGGCUGCGCGCAAAGAAUGUUUACCCUCGCAGAAGUUGCAUCCCUUAAUGACAUUCAGCCAACGUACCGCAUUCUGAAACCAUGGUGGGACGUAUUUAUGGAUUACCUAGCAGUCGUUAUGCUGAUGGUUGCCAUUUUUGCUGGAACCAUGCAGCUGACCAAAGACCAGGUGGUCUGUUUGCCCGUCCUGCAGUCGGCUGUAAAUGCAAAGGUGCAGCCCAGCUCCUCGGCGAGUGCCAAACCUACAAACGCUGCCCUGGAACCCGAAACAGCCGCAGCCCAAGACAAAGAAGCGCAGGGAGCGAGGGCCGUUUCUUUUGCACCUGUCGUCGCAACUGACAUACCUCUCAGCAGAUCUACCUUUCCACCGUUGCACUCCACUGUCGCCAGUCCGGAGGAGAAGAAGGAGCAGGCAGAUCCCCUGGGCCGAAAAACUAACUUGGAUUAUCAGCAAUAUGUUUUCAUUAACCAGAUGUGCUACCACUUGGCUCUUCCUUGGUAUUCAAAGUACUUUCCCUACUUGGCUCUUAUACAUACCAUUAUUUUAAUGGUGAGCAGCAACUUUUGGUUCAAAUAUCCCAAAACUUGCUCGAAGAUCGAGCACUUUGUUUCCAUCCUGGGGAAGUGCUUUGAAUCUCCGUGGACUACAAAGGCUUUGUCUGAGACGGCGUGUGAGGAUUCUGAGGAGAAUAAGCAGAGGCUGACCGGGGCCCAGUCUUUGCCCAAGCAUGUGUCCACCAGUAGCGAUGAAGGAAGUCCGAGCGCCAGCACCCCCAUGAUCAACAAGACGGGCUUCAAGUUUUCAGCGGAGAAGCCCGUCGUCGAGGUUCCGAGCAUGACCAUUUUGGACAAAAAAGAUGGCGAGCAAGCCAAGGCCCUCUUCGAAAAAGUACGGAAAUUCCGGGCGCACGUGGAGGACAGCGACUUGAUAUACAAACUCUACGUCGUCCAGACGGUCAUCAAAACUGUGAAGUUCAUAUUUAUUCUCUGCUACACGGCAAACUUCGUCAACGAAAUCAGCUUUGAGCACAGCUGCAUGCCCAAAGUGGAGCACCUGACUGGCUACCAGGAGUUCGAAUGCACACACAACAUGGCUUACAUGCUGAAAAAGCUGCUCAUCAGUUACAUUUCCCUCAUUUGCGUCUACGGUUUCAUCUGUUUGUACACACUCUUCUGGUUGUUCCGGUUGCCCCUGAAGGAGUAUUCCUUCGAGAAGGUGAGGGAAGAGAGCAGCUUCAGCGAUAUUCCAGAUGUGAAGAACGACUUUGCAUUUCUGUUGCACAUGGUGGACCAGUAUGACCAGCUCUACUCCAAGCGGUUCGGCGUCUUCUUGUCGGAGGUGAGUGAAAACAAGCUGAGGGAAAUAAGCCUGAACCACGAGUGGACUUUCGAAAAGCUGCGCCAGCAUGUUUCCCGCAACGCCCAGGACAAGCAAGAACUUCACCUCUUCAUGCUCUCAGGGGUCCCCGAUGCAGUGUUUGAUCUUACCGACUUGGACGUGCUGAAACUUGAGCUGAUCCCUGAAGCUAAAAUCCCGGCUAAGAUCUCCCAGAUGAUAAACCUGCAAGAGCUACACCUCUACCACUGUCCCGCAAAGGUGGAACAGACAGCCUUCAGCUUCCUUCGCGACCACCUGAGGUGCCUGCAUGUAAAGUUCACCGACGUGGCGGAAAUCCCGGCUUGGGUGUACUUACUUAAAAACCUCCGGGAGUUGUACCUGAUAGGCAACUUGAACUCGGAAAACAACAAAAUGAUAGGACUUGAAUCUCUUAGGGAACUGAGGCACCUCAAAAUUCUCUAUGUGAAAAGCAACCUGACCAAAAUCCCAUCGAACAUCACCGAUGUGGCCCCACAUCUAACCAAGCUCGUAAUCCAUAACGACGGCACCAAGCUCUUUGUGUUGAAUAGCCUUAAGAAAAUGAUGAAUGUAGCAGAGCUGGAAUUGCAGAAUUGCGACCUGGAGCGGAUUCCGCACGCCAUCUUCAGCCUCACCAACUUGCAGGAGCUGGAUCUGAAGUCCAACAGCAUACGCACAAUCGAAGAAGUCAUCAGCUUCCAACAUUUGAAAAGACUGACUUGCCUGAAGUUGUGGCACAACAAAAUUGUCAUCAUUCCUCCUUCCAUUACCCAUGUGAAGAACCUGGAGUCGCUUUACCUCUCCAACAAUAAACUCGAAUCCUUACCGGCUGCAGUGUUCAGUUUACAGAAGCUCAGAUGCUUAGAUGUGAGCUACAACUCUAUCGCAGUGAUUCCCCUGGAGGUAGGCCUGCUACAGAAUCUCCAGCAUCUGCAUAUUACCGGAAACAAAGUAGACAUUUUGCCAAAACAGCUGUUUAAGUGUACCAAGCUGAGGACUUUGAGCCUGGGGCAAAACUGCAUCACCUCGAUUCCGGAAAAGAUUGGCCAGCUCUUGCAGCUAACACACCUAGAGUUGAAGGGGAACUGUUUAGACCGCCUGCCGGCUACGCUGGGUCUGUGUCGGCUUCUCAGGAAAAGUGGACUCAUUGUAGAAGAUCACCUCUUUGACACGUUGCCUUCAGAGGUCAAAGAAGCGUUGAACCAAGACACAAACAUUCCCUUUGCUAAUGGGAUUUGAACAGAGGUAGAACUCCCAAGUGACUAACGUAGAUUAUAUUAAAAGUACACCUUGUUAUAAAACCCUGUGUUGGGAAUCUGGAACUCCUUUUUUUGUAAGAAAGGACUGUUAAACCAAGGGUGGUAGAAGCUUGUUUGGUGUUUGUAGUAUUUUGAAACAUCAUUUCCAAAUUUUUUGGAGGGGAAAGAGGAAGGGGGGGAGGGAAAUCCUUAAACAAUCUUGAUGAUUCUUCUUCUUUUUCCUUUAAAGAUGUUUGUAACUUGGAUGCUGCCGCUUUUGAAUGUUUACAAACUGCUCGCCUGCUUAAUGUACAUGAUUAAACUGGUGACCUUUUCUUACUAUAAAAAAGCAUUUGGUGGCUCAGUUCAUUUUAGCGUUCUCUUAGAGACCACAGGUGCUGUAUCGCUGACGCUGCUCUAGCAAGGAGAAACUGGACGUUCAUUCAGUUGUGAAUUGUCUAAUGUGAUCACCUGCCCUCUGCUACGUGAAUGGGAAUAGGGAUUCCUACCUUUCUUGCAACGUGGAUGGAAAAUGCACCACCACCUGCUAUUUUAACCUCGUGGCGGCAUGCAUGUUGCAUGUGGCUAUCUUUUCUGGACCGCAAAUCUCGCUUCCUAAAUGUACAGCAAAGGGAUGUUUUGCUGGACAGACCUGAAAAAUCACGGAAUCGUAGAGUUGGAAGGGGCCACGAGGAAUUCACAUGCAGUACGUUUCACAUGCAGUAGGUCCCAGGUGCACACCCUGAAUGCGAUCGUAAUCUCCCACUAGAAAAGGCUGGGAAUCUUCUGACAAAGAGCAUGGGAGAAGGCAAGGUUGGAUUGACUAGGAGGGAGCACUGCAUGGGCUCCCCCCCCCCAACCCUCUAUAUCACGCUAACCUCAGGCUGUGCCAAAGCACAGCAUACCAAGGGCAAAUGUUAGCGACGUGCUAUGCUAGAAAGAACACUUUGCCUAAACAGAAACACCUCAAAUCAUGCCCUGAAGCUCUCACGUAUGCAGCUGAAAUAAAAUUUGAAAGGCAUAGCAUACAGCACCUCAAUAGCGAUGGAGUAUGAAGCAUCAGCUCUGUUCCACAGAACAGUAAUUUUUAACAAAACAAUUUCCCCAACAUCACGUUUUGUAGCUUGGACAGACUAUGGUCUAGAUCAGGCAUCCCCAAACUUCGGCCCUCCAGAUGUUUUGGGACUACAAUUCCCAUCUUCCCCAACCACUGGUCUUGUUAGCUAGGGAUCAUGGGAGUUGUAGGCCAAAACAUCUGGAGGGCCGCUGUUUGGGGAUGCCUGGUCUAGAUGCCUGCCAGGUUCUGUUCCUUAAUCAUAUUAGGCCUGCUGCUGUUCUGACUAGUUUAAACACCAAUGGAUCCAUUUUGGGACUAAUCGAAACCCACUUAGCUAAAACAAAUGACUGGGAAAGCUGGGUUCAAGCUGAAUGUAGCAUUUAAAAACAAUACAAAACUACAGCCCAGUAGUUGAGCCCCCAUCCCUUUAUUCAAGAACAAUACCUUCAGUGGCCUAGUUUUAAAAGGUAAAGGUAAAAGGACGCAGGGAUUGGGCUGGGGGAGUGAAUUAAUUUGAAAACGUCUUGUUUUCAUUUGGGACAAAAUGUCACAUAACCCCACCUGCAUAUAACGCUUCCCAAGACUGUAUUUAUUUAUUAUGCCUUGUUGAACAAUGAGUUUGUUACCAGAGAGGUGGUGCUAAGGCUACUUUUGCUGAGUACACAGGUACUGCUGUCAGAAAGUGCGUCUUCCCAAACAUCUCCACCAAACUCCUCUUUUGUCUGCAUUCCAUUCGCUCCCUGCUCUGUUUCUGGAAGAGAGAGGGAAAACAAUGUGCCCUAACAUGAUUUGAGAACAUGCUCUGGAAGUAGGACUAAUAAUAAAAGUCCCCUUUCUUUGAAGCAGAAUAGUUAAGAAUCUGGCUCCAGAAUGAAAGAAACUGGCAAUCGCCCACUACCAAGGGGGGGGGGGGAGUCAUUCAUGGAAUUCUUGCUACAAAGGCCCUUACUGUGGCUUUUGCGUAAUUGUAGAAAAUGAGCAACACAGGAGGGCUGGAAAACAUACGGCACCACCCUGGUCCUUUUUGUAUCGCAUGCUGGACAAAUAAAUCAGAAUUGUUUCUUAAAUAGUUUUCUUUAUAUUAAAAGUUAUUUGUGUUAAAUCCGAGGCUUACAAAAUCUCAGCUGGGUUCAUGAUUCAUUUGUGUGGCCCGCUUCCACUCUGUACCAGGUGUGUCGACUAGCAGAAGAACACCCAGCUAUGCACAGGGGCAGGGGGUAUUUUGUCUGAAAAGCCUUUCUUCCCCCUUUAAAUUAUCUCUAAUAAUUUAACCUCCUUUUGUGUAUGGGAGGGCUGAGUGGCAAAAACUCUGAGACUGCCUGGCGGUGAAAUACGCUAAAGGAGUUGCUUUUCCACAAGCAGAAGGACUCCUUUCAUUCGCACAAGAGAGAGAUCUAGAAGAAACAUCAGCUGGAGGAAGGAUGGGGAGAGGCGAUUUGGGGAGAUUCCCAUUGUCACCUCCAAGACUCUUCCAGAUAGAGUCUACUUGAAUAGAAUAGA